CUCUUCCGUCUCUUGUUUGUUGUUGGUGACCAGUCUUCCUUCAUCCAAAAGCACAGAGCACGGAAUGAUGGACGACGACGACGACGAGCAUCCCGCCAAGCGGUUCCUGCGCGAGGAGCAGCAGCGGAUGAUGGCAGUGCGCCAGCCCGUGCGCCGUCCAACUGCAACCCUCGAGUCGCCCGCAUCAGGGCCGUCGGGGUCAGGUUCAGGUUCAGGUUCAGGUUCAGGCUCAGGAGCAGGGUCAUCAGGAGCAGCGUCAGGGCUCGAUGUCAAGCCAAUGGACACGCUCGACGAGAAGCCCGGCUUUGGCGCCAGGCCAGUCGUCCUCGGUCCCAACGGACGCCCGCUGCAGCCGCAUGAAAUCCCACAGCCAGUCGAGCCCUCGCGCCUCGGUCGCCAGGUCUGGCUUGUCAAGGUGCCAGAGUACUUUGCCAAUGCGCUUGAACACCUCGAAGAUCAAACACACUUUGCCACACUCCAGAUGCCCACGAGUGCUCCGGCACCAUCGCGCUUUGGUGCACCUCGUGAGAUUGGAAUCGACAUUGAGCUCGAUCUGACCGACCAGAACGAUCUCUUGCUGCCACAUCAGUAUCGCAUGCAAAUCCUGCCAAACACUCUAGGAGCUGCCGCAUUUUCCGAGGAUGAAUCAGGCAACCUUGCGUUCGAAGGCACUGCUGUUCAAAAGUGCGAUGUUAUGCCUGUGCUAAACGACGAGUAUCGCGCCUACCUGUCGGCAAAACGAGAGCUCGAAGCCAAGCCCAAGUUCGAGACCCAGCAAGUCGCGGUUGUGAAGGCCUUGUAUGAGCCAGUGUCGGCCAUCGCGGAAGAGGAAAAGCAACGCGAAAAGCGCAGGGACGUCGACAAGCGCGAGCGCAUUGACAAGGAGCAGCUCAAGGACCAGAUCACUGCCGUGUUCGAACGGUACCAGUUUGCUAGUCUUCAACAGCUCCAGCAACUUACCAACCAGCCACCGAACUAUCUCAAGCAAGUGCUUAGCGAGCUUUGUGACUACAACACUCGGGGUGCCAACCGAAACACAUAUCAGCUCAAGCCCGAGUUCUCCCAUUACAAUCGCUCCGUGUAGUGCGAGUGCGAGCGAGCGACAGCGAGGCAGGAAGAGAGUUUUGUCGAUUUCCUUUGUGCUCGUUCCAAUACAAAAUCCAAACCGA